AUGAUUUUCAAUUUAUAUCCUGAAAUCAUUUAAUAAAAUUAUUAUAAUACUAAAUGUCCAACAGAUAAUCCAUUUCAUACUUAUUUUCAUAAGUUAGAACGAAAUUAUAGAAUUGCCAGAAAAAUUAUUGACUUAAAAACUGGAUUUCAAAAGGCGGAUUAUUUUGAAUAUUCUAAUCUCAAUUUUUUGAAUAUUCCACUAGAUUUUAAAGACACUAAAUUAACAAAUUUGGAAUUAAGUGUUAGUUUUGGGCUUGAAUCAUUAAAAAUCAAAUUUGAAAAAUAAAAACGAAUUAUUAUUUAUGAUGUUGAUUUUGUUUUACCAAAUAAUGUUAUACUAAAUUGCAAUGGUCCUAUGCAUUUUAUCACCAAUCUUCAAUAGUAAAUUAUUGGAUACAGCCAAAAUCAUCAAACGACAAUAAGGUACUAAUUAAAAAACAUAAAUAGACAUCUUAUAUAAGGACAAUAUCAGAUAAUUGGUAUUGACUUUAAUGAUUGGAAUAGUUAAAUUACUCUUUAAUGUAAAUAAAAUUAUUUAAAGAAAUUAAUCAAUCUAUAAUGA